GACUGACUGUUCUGUAGAUCUGUGCCAGUAUUCCUGAGCUGCAAAUAGAGGGCUUGUUCUCAAGGCCUGUGCUGAACUGCGUGGAAAGGAACCAUGCAGCAGAUGCUAUUCCGCUUUGGUGUAGUCAUCACUCUUAACCACACUGAUACUGAACUUUUGGUACUGGGAUCGCGAAAGGAGAUGGGGGCCUGGGACCCUCAGUUUGCUGUACCAAUGAAGCCUACUCGGUGUCCUCUGUCUACAAUUGAACCAUCUCUAUGGGUGGGGGAGGUAUUAUUGGAAGAACCAUAUACUGAAAACCUCUGGUUCAAGUUCAUAAAGAAAGAAGCUGGUGUCCUAAUCUGGGAAGGUAAUGGACCUCACCAUGACCGAUGUUGUACUUACGAUGAAAGCAACAUAGUGGAUGGUACUUAUUGCUAUCCAAUAGGGCACUGGAUUGAAACCACUGGCCAUACAGAUGAAAUGAAGCACACUACAAACUUCUAUUUUCACAUCGCUGACAACCAAGCAAUGCACUUUUCUAGAAUACUGCCUAAUAUCUGGUUGGGAAGUUGUCCACGACAGUUGGAGCAUGUUACGAUCAAGAUGAAGCAUGAACUACGAGUGACCGCUGUCCUAAACUUUCAGAACGAGUGGGACAUUGUCCAAAAUAGUAAAGGCUGCAACCGGUACAAUGAACCCAUGAGCCCAGAUACCAUGUUCAUGCUAUAUAAAGAUGUUGGAAUGACCUACAUAUGGAUACCCACACCUGAUAUGAGUACAGAAGGGAGAGUGCGGAUGCUUCCACAGGCUGUAUACCUCUUAUUUGGUCUGUUAGAAAAUGGCCACACAGUUUAUGUUCAUUGCAAUGCUGGUGUUGGCAGAUCUACAGCUGCAGUGUGUGGAUUUCUCAUGUAUGUCAUUGGCUGGAGCCUCAGAAAAGUGCAGUACUUUCUUGCUUCGCGAAGACCAGCUGUUUACAUAGAUGAAGAAGCUAUGAUACAAGCUCAGGGGGAUUUCCACCAGAAGUUUGGUCAGCUCCGUUCCACUGUGUGCAGGAUAUAGUCUAUAACUAACUUUAGCAACUUUAUAUUCGUUGGAUACAGGUG